AUGUUGGGUUUGAUCCUGUUUUUUCAGUGGAUUUUAACAUCAUCAUCAACUGACUGGUUAUCUGUAAAUAAUAAUAGUCAUGCUGAUUCUCUAGUGGGCAAUAAUAGCACUAGAUCAGAUCAUAUCGAAAACACUUGUUUCAACUUCAAUCCUCAAAGUUGUUCGGGUGUUUGUGGACAGUUUUUUGAGUUAUGGUGUUCAUGUGAUGAAUAUUGUCAGGUAUAUAGACGAUGUUGUUUUGAUUAUGAAGCAGUUUGUAAAGAAGAAUCGGAGAUAUAUCGAAGUCAACACGAGAAUCUGAUGAACGUCUCCACAGAAUGUGAUAGCAAUAUUUCUGGCUACGUCCUGCCACAACAGAUUAUCACAAGCUGCUCUUUAUCCAAUUACUCCCUAACGACAGUCGAACUAUGUAAGUCAGAAACCAGAUCAUCAGCCGUGGUGUCAAAGGUGAUGUCUAACAGAACUGGUUUACACUAUAAAAACAGAUAUUGUAUGUUAUGUAAUGGUGAAAAACCAGAUGAUGUUGUGUAUUGGUCCACUAUGGUAGGAACAACUGACCGUAAAGAUAGGAUUCGGGAUAUUCAGCAUAUUAUAAAUUUCUUUCAGAAUUCUAUACAAAUGAUCCCACCCCCAAAUUCAGAAGAAAUUAUAUGUUUUCCCGAACUUAUAUCAACUUGUGAAAAGUUUGCUUCCCCAGAAGAAUCGCGGUUGUGUAAAGAAAAAGCUUUAUCACCCAUUAGAUACAAGACAAACAUAUAUAAAAAUACAUUCUGUCUUCAAUGUAAUGUUGUAUUAUCACCAAACAACAACUCGUGCUUCAUGGCUACAAAAACAGACAUAUUUUAUGGUCACUAUGAACAAUCUCUCGUUUUCUCCAUUGUUUUAAAUUGGAAGAAUAACAGACAGGCCUCGAUUUCGAUACAUUCUCAUAUGAGUCUCAUUGAAAGUUUAUCUUGUUCGCUUGAUUCCCAGGAUAAUAUACAAACUUGCAAAAUACAGAAAUGUGUUGGCACCUUGCCUGUAGUUAAUGAUACAUGUCUUAUAGGAGAGAAUCAUAUAGGUUGUAUUCGUUACUUCUUCAAAAUGAAUUUCACUAUUCCUAUGGAUAUAAGCUCUGAGCAGGUGCUAGAACAUAUUUCAUCCAAACUUGUACAGGUUGCGACAAAUCUAGAACGUGCUUUCAACGUUACCAAAUACUACAGCCAAAAUGUUGCUUUACAUGAUAUAACUAUUGUCAAUGAUCAUGUCUUUGGUUAUAUUAUUCUUGAUAGGAUGGCUUAUAGUUUGUGCGAUUUAGAUUUUAAAAGUGUAAAACCCGAACGAUAUUUUGAGUAUUUAGAUAACAAUUUGUUUAUUAAUUUAAGAGGAAGUAUUGUCACAUGUCGGUUUACUGUAGCGUGUAUUUCGUGGUGUGAUCACUGGUCUGAGAACGAGUUAAAAUGUUCCAGAUACCAGCGCUCUUUUACAGGUAACUUCUCCGAUAUUGCGUCAUUCAGCACUAAAAUGACACCAAUACAUGUAUUUAUAUUAUUUUUGAUACACUUAUAUGGAAUUGUGGUUGCAGAUUAG